AUGUCAUCCAGUGGAAAUGAUACUAAUCAAGGAAAGGAGACAGCUUUGGAUGACGGAUUUGGAGAAGAUAGUGUGGCCGUACGACUAAUUGAAGAUUAUUUGGAGGGGAAGAUAACUUCACUGAUUGAUUUAAGCCAACUGUUGAAAGACGAAGCUGGUUUGAUUAUUUCAAAAUCGACCCUUGCUAGACGACUGAAGGGGAAGGUUAAUGUUAAGAUACGUCGUAAACGAGGUUAUCAUCAGCGGCGGGCUGGAGCAGACGAACUUGACGAUGAAGAAGCAUACACGUACAGUUACUCAUUAUCGAGAAAUUUGAAUGAAACAAUCGUCACAGUUCCGAUUGACGAUGAAAAUGUCCGCCAGUAUGCAUUGGUUCGAGUUGCAGGCGAUGGUAGGAAACGUUACUAUCGGUGCAAUCAAUGCCUCAAAUUUCGGCGAAAUGAUAAGAGUGCACCGCAAGCAUACCUGAUUAUGGAAAAUGGGCGUAUUGUGGGUACUAAACAUCAUCGACAUCAUCCCGACUGCAAACCAACUAAACGAAUCGAAGCAACCACAACCAGUUUGGAUCGGGCAAAUCGGAAAGACAUACGCAUUGGUCUUAAAACGCCUAAAGCAGCAUACGCAGAAGGUUUUUAUCGAGCAAUCGAUCUUGCGUCCACGGAAGGUUCUUCAAGUAAUAAAUUACCGAAAAUUUAUCCAUCGUGGAGUCGCGUACGUAAAUCAUACUUUCGACAAAAUCGUUUGGGUAGAAUCGAUCGUGCGAAAAGUUUGUCAGCAGACGGUUCACUUCGUCGUGGACAACGUCAUCCGGAUGAAGUGAAUGGUCCUGUAUUAUAUACAUAUGGCGAAGAUACCGAUGGUCAAUAUGUUGUAUUUGAGAGUGAAGAAAUACCUGAAGGCUAUGAGCCCGUACCAGUCGAAGAAUUGGAGGCUGCGGCUGAAGGUGUUGAACUCGAUGAUAAUUGGACUGUUAGUGCAAAAGAAGAGAACUUGAAAAGCGAUUUACAUAAUGUAUGGAAAGGAGGUGAUGAAUUGGAACAGAAACAUUUACACGAGACCACUGUAAAUGAACAAGAAACUGAUGAGCUUCAUCUCUUACCAGCAACUCAUAGUGAAGAGCCGUCAAUGAAGAAAGUUAGAAUAGAGAACAAUGAGUUGGAAGAAUCUCAAGAAUCUAUGGAAACUAGAGAAUGUGUAAAUGAGGAUGCAUCAUUGGUUCACGAAUAUGUCCAUAAUAAACCGUUACUCGACUUAGUUGAUUACACUACAAAAGAAGAAAGACGACGAAUUUCACAGAAUUUAAUAGACGAAAUUCGUUCCAGUGCGAAUUUUAAACGUGUCAAGCCAGCGAGAGGUUCUACAUCGGAAUUAGACGAAGAAUUUAAUAGCUGGUGCUAUAUGCCAUGCAAUGCAGAUGGUGAAAUCAUGGUUUACUCGUCGGAUAAAGUACAUUUAAUUGAAAAUUUGGAAGGAGAAACAGAAAUUGCUUACGAUCCUGAUAUGGAAAUGAAUGAAAUUGUUAAAAGUCUGAAGCCAUAUGGAAUCUUGUCAACGGAUUAUAUCUUGUGA